UAUACAUACAUAUGUAUGUAUACUUUAGAAAUACAGUCUCUUAUGUUAAUUGAUGCUAGAAAUAUCUGUUUGAUUUUAUAUGUUUUUAUUUAAUGUAACUUAAUAUACAUAUGAUUGAUCCUACCAAAAAAAAGUGGCAAUUUAUCUUCACAAGACUUUGGUUAUAAUGUUCAUGUGGUCCAGAAAUUGCAGGGAGAACUCAGAGACUAUAGAUUAUAUAUGGCAUUUUAGUACUGUGACUUUGUUAGAAUAAUUAGUCACUUUUGAAGUCAGCCUUGAAAUCUGGAAUCCAAGCCUGGAAUAGGAAGGGGAGCAGGGAAAUAGAGCCAUAGCUAGGAUGAAAGAGAAGGUGCUUGAGCCAGGGGCUUCAUGUGUUGGAGAGGAGAUUUGAUCUGAAAGUAUUUGAGUGUCCACCUAUUGUGUACAAUGUGGUGGCCAUACAGAGACAAAAGUGAAACUGUCCUUAUCAAGGUACUUAAAUUCAGUGGGGGAGUACAGAUAUACACAAGUAAGUAAAUGUAUGAUAUAUGCAAAAUAAAGACCCUGUCGUGGGGAGUGAUGUAAACUGGGAUGCUUUAAUUUUACUUAAAUUGAGGCAUUCAAGUUCUAUUUGGGGUAAGCCUUGAAAGGAACCCAGGGUUCUAAGAUGAGAGAAGAGAAUCUUUUCUAAGGCUUAGGGAGGGAUGUGGGGAUGGGUGCAGUCUCUCUUUUAAGUUCUUACCUUGGACCAGGCUCUAGCUAAGUGCUUUAGAUACAAGAAAAUGCAAAAACAACCUCUGCUUUCCAGAAUCUCACUUUCUAAAUAGAAGACACCACAUACAAAUAACCAUUAAAGUACUAGGUUUUAUCCUAAGUGUAUGGAAGAUAAUCUCCCAUGGGAAGUUACUGCAGUGAGAGAGAAAAUUGAACAGAAGAUGGGAUUUGAGCUGAGACUUGAAAGAAUGCCCAUAAGCCUUUCAAGGAGUGCAUUACAGGAGUAGAAGGAAACAGCCAUUGAAAAAGCAGUUUUGAGGUACCAAAGACAACAGGAAUGCAGAGGUGUUUUGGAUAAGUACAUUUUGGGGAGUAUAGUAAAAGAAAACUAGAAAGAUAAGAAGGAGACAGAUUAUGAAGGACUCUGAAUGCAAACAACAUUUCCUAUUUGAUCCUAGACAUGAUAGGAAGCCACCAGAAUUUAUUGAGUAGAGGAAUGACCUAGUUGAAACUUUUAGAAAAUUACUUUGGGAGCCAAGUACUGAAUGGAUUAGAGUGAGAAACACAUAGACAGAGAAUGGGGAGAGAUUUGAGGCAGGUAUUCCCUCUCAAUUCACGCUUGAGAUAAUAAAGGAUUGUACCAGUGUAGCGACUGCAUAAGUGGAGAGACAGGACCAUAUGUGAGAUGAACAAUAAUUUGGUCACAGAUUGAAUAUGUUAAUGGAGUUUGUGAGCCUGUCUAACUGGGAGGAUGUUGGGGCUCUGAGUACUAAGUGGGAGGUUCAGAAGAGAGGAGCAUUUGUGGGAAAGAUUAUGCAUUCUCUUUUGAGGUGUUUAAUUCACAAUGAUUCUAUUUUGGACAGAGGCAGGAAGUGAACUAUGAAUGAAGAACAACAAAUCAAUUAAUUUGAGGGGAGCAUAUGUAUGAAGGAAGAAGAGUAAUAUGUAGAUCCAGAUUGUGAAGGGCUUUAAAUGCCAAACACAGAAGUCCAUAUUUUAUUCUAAAAGCAGUGGGUAGCCACUGUAGCUUCUUGAGUGGAGGAGUGACAUAGUCAAACCCAAUUUAUUCUUUCCUUGAGAGGAAAGCAGCUGAAUGCAGGGAAUCUAAUUAGGAGGCUGUUUUAUAGUCCUCAUGAGAGGAACUGAAAACAUUUACUUGGUUGUUGUGAUAUAAGAAAGAGAGAGAUGGUGAUGGAGGAUACUGAAUUGGAUGUGAAUAGUGAGUAAAAAUUGAGAACUGGAGGUGAUUCCUAGGUUUCAAACCUAGUUAACUUGAAGACCAUGGUACCUUCUGGGCCCUUAGAAGUGUGUAUAUGUCUUCAGAUGUAGCCAAGAUGUUGAUUAUUUUCCUUGAUUAUACUUAAUCAUAAAGCCCUUAGCACAGUGCCUGGCACCUAUUAGGCUUCAAAUAAAUCUUUUAUUGAUUGAUUACAAAGAAAGGGAUCUUAUUUAGGCAAGGGGACUAAACGUGACAAACAUGUUUAAAAAAAAAAAGCAGCAAUAAAACUUUUUUGAGGUUUACAGGGGGGAAAAGUUGAGAACCAAUUGGAAAAUUUGUUACUACUUAAAUUUAAUAUGUACUUUAAAAAAGUGCACAUGCUAGAAAUAUGCAGCUUUAUGUACAAUCUUUAUUUUUGUCUUUCUGUAUUUUUUUUGGUUCAGUGAUAAAGUUAGUAAUAAAAAUGGAAAAUUUUGAAAGAGAACACUGGUACUCUUGACCUUGUACUCUUGAGGCAAGUUAGGGAAGGUUGGAUUUAGAGGAAAAAAUAAUGAGUUAUAUUUGGAUUAUUGUUGACUUUAAGAUGGCUAUGUGAUAUCCAGGGGGAGUUGUCAGGUAGGUUUUAUAGACAUAGAUAAGAGCUCAGGAAAGAUUUGGAGCCAUCCAUAUAAAGAUAAUUAAUACAUAAGAGCUAAAAAAAGCACAGGAUAGACCCUUGAAAUACACCGAUAAUACACUCUGAGCUUAACCUUGUUUUGUGUCCUGUACUCCCUGGGCAGUCAAGAGAAAUCUAUGAACCCUUUCCUAGAAUAAUGUUUUUAAAUGUACAAAAUAAAAUGUGUAGAAUUACAAAGGAAACUAAUUAUGUGUCGAAAUAAAGAUGUUAUUUUUUUCUAAUGUAAGUUCCUGGCUUUCUUAAAAUCUAUCUACAGAUCCUUUGGGGGUAGAGGUGGGGGCGUAUAACCCCAGGUUGAAAACUACUCUAAAACAUCUGCAUGAGAAAAAAAUAUCAGUUAUUGGAUGUAUUAGGAGUUAAUGACAUAAUUACAUCUACUGGACAGUAGAUCUAGAGCUGGAAAAGACUUUAAACCAGCUAAUAUAACCCUCUCCUUUUUAAAAGGAGGGCCAGAGGAAAAUUUUUGUCCAAGUUUAUGAGGUAAUAAAUAGAAAGAGGAUUCACACCCAGGUCCUCUUAGUACAACUAGUGUAGCUUCUUGAACCAUGCUGCCUCCCUAUGGUCACAUUUUCCUCAUUCAUAUAGAAACUUUAAAGGCAGGGAUCUUCUUUACACUCUUGUAUUUCCCAUAUAAUUCCAUAAAUACUUGUUAGAUUUGACAAAUACACAGCUGUGAUUCCCUAAAGCAUUUCCCCGCAAAAUAGCUUUUGCUCUCCAUCUUUCUACUAGGCUUGUUCUCAUCAUUGUCUGAGUUUUGUCCCUAAUUGAACUAUAUCUAGUUUCCUUCCAUUAAAUUUCAUUGUUUUCUUUUUUUAAAAAAAUAUCAUUUCCCCAGUAUAUAAAGAUGACUUUAAAUUUCUGACUUCAUUAAAGCCAUAGAAUAGAAUAGUUCUCUGUGGAGAUUCCUUUGAUAUACCAUUAGAUUUGUCCUUGUGAAUUGAUAUCAAGCCUUUGACUACCUUUUGGGUACUCAUUUAGAAUGAGCUUGUAUAUAAAUUAUUCUGACAUAAUAGUAGUUCUAUAGUUAAAACUAUGUUUUCCUAGCUUGUAGAUGAGUAUAUAGUGAGAUAGAAUAAAAAAAAUUUCUUGAAAUUAUAAUUUUCCCCAUGAAUUUACAUUACAUUCAUCAUGAAAUUACAAUUUUCCCCAAAUGAAUGAAAAAACAUUUAUUGAGCCUUUGCUGUGUGUCAAGAACCAUGCUAAAUACUGAGGAUACAAAUAAGAAAAUUAAGAUAGUUCUGCUUUAAAACAUCUAGCAUGAUUUGUUCUUUACAGAAUUCAUAUUAACAACUAUCCAAAUUCUGUGCUGGUGAAAGGUUAGAGCCUUUUGCACUGAUGGGGAAGUUGGACAAGAAAAAGUUUUUGUUGAAAUUUUUUUUUUGUGAUUAACACUAGGAAACUUCAAGUCAUAUCUUUAAUGGAACAAACAUUUGAGAACUUAUCAACUUAAUUCUGACCAGGAAAAAUGAUUGGUACUGCUUCCGGACCCGUGGCAUGAACAGCGCCACUUAUCAGAAAACAACUUAUAGAAUAUGUUGGAAAAUAAUAUUAAUGAUAGCUAACAUGUAUGUAGCACCUAAAUUCCCUAAAGCAUUUCCCCGCAAAAUAGCUUUUGCUAUUCCAGGAACUGUGAUAAACAAUUAACAAAUAUUAUUUCUCAUCAUAAAAACCCAUGAGGUAGGUGGUGUUAUCCCUAUUUUACAGAUGAGGAAACUGAGGCAAACAGGUUGAGUGACUUGUCCAGGCUCACAUAGCUAGUAAGUUUUUAAGGUCACAUUUGAACACAGUUCUUUCUGAUUUCGGACUAGUGCUCUACCUAGUAUGCUACUCAGCUCUCCAGACUGGAAAAGGUACUGGAUGUGGCAUUAGAAAAUCUAGGUUCUAGUCCCAGCUUUGUCCAAUGGGACAUUGGAUGUCGAACAAGUUGUUUUCCCUCAGCUUCCUCUUCAGAAUAAGGGGGUUAGACUAGAUAUUUUCUCAAGAUCUAUUCAUAGCUUUAGUGUCUUUGAAUCUAAGUAGCCAGGAAAAAGUAGAUACUAAGUUCAGAUCUCUUGUUUUAGGGAUUGAUGACACUGGAUGAUGUGGCUGGGAACAUCUGGGAGGAGUGGUUUGUCUGGACCCUGCCCAGAGAAUCCUCUACAGGGUUGCCAUCCAGCAGGGUUAGAAGAAUGGGCUCUCAGUGGGAUUCCCAGACCCACCGUGAUCUCCCAACUUGAGCAGAAAGAAGAACCGUGGGUCCUGGAUCUCCAGAGCUUGGAGGAGGGGGAGAUCCUGCGAGAAGCUCACACAGACUUUGAGAACCAGGUGGAAAAGCUGAACCAGGAAGUUUCUGAGGCAACAGAACAAUUUGGGCCAUCUUCAGGAAGGCCCCAAAAAGAUAUUUCUCAAAAUCCUGAUUGGGAAAGAAAAUGGGAAAGGGAACAUGUAUUAGAAAGACAACAUGGAACUCUCACAGGGGAGGGACAAAGGGAACUUCUUUCAAAGGAGAGACAUUUAAGUAAGUUCCUAGGUAGAUAUGUAGGUGAAAAACCCAAUGUGUGUGCUGAAUGUGGAAAAAGCUUUAACCAAACUUCUUAUCUUAUGAGGCACCUGAGAACCCAUACUGGAGAGAGGCCAUAUAAGUGCCUUGUAUGUGGGAAAGCCUUCAAGCAGAGCUCAGAUCUUGUCACCCACCGUCGAACACACACUGGAGAGAAACCCUACAAGUGUAACGGGUGUGAAAAAAGCUUCGGGGACAGCUCAACUCUCAUCAAGCAUCAGAGGACCCACACAGGGGAGAGACCCUACGAGUGCCCAGACUGUGGGAAGACCUUCAGUCGGAAGCCACACCUUAUCAUGCACCAAAGAACCCACACAGGAGAGAAGCCCUAUAAAUGUCUUGAGUGUCAGAAAAGCUUUAGUCGGAGUUCAAAUUUCAUUACCCAUCAAAGGAUCCAUACAGGGGAGAAACCCUAUAUAUGUAAUGACUGUGGGGAGAGGUUUAGCCAGAGCUCAGAUUUGGUUAAGCACCAAAGAACCCACACAGGAGAACGACCUUAUAAAUGUCCUGAGUGUGGAAAAGGCUUCCGAGACAGUUCCCAUUUUGUAGCCCACAUGAGCACUCACUCAGGAGAGAGACCCUUUAGCUGUCCUGAAUGUGAUAAAAGUUUUAGUCAAAGUUCUCACCUUGUCACCCACCAGAGAACACACACUGGGGAGAGACCUUAUAAAUGUGAUGAUUGUGGAAAAGGAUUCACUGACAGUUCUGCCCUCAUUAAACACCAACGGAUCCAUACAGGUGAAAGACCCUAUAAAUGUGGGGAAUGUGGGAAAAGCUUCAAUCAGAGUUCCCAUUUUAUUACCCAUCAGAGAAUCCACUUGGGGGAGAGACCUUAUAAAUGCCCAGAUUGUGGCAAGAGCUUUAACCAGCGUUCACACUUCAUAACACAUCAGAGGACACACACAGGUGAAAAACCUUUUCAGUGCACAAAGUGUGAUAAGAGCUUUCGGCAGAAAGCACAUCUUCUAUCCCAUCAAAACACCCAUUUAACUUAAGUAAUGUCCUUUAGUUUAUCCAUUUGUCUUUGUCCACCUCUGAAUAACUUCUACUAUCCCAAACAGAAAUCCCAGAACCAGUCAUGAUGAUCUUUCCAUAGCCUAUCCUGACUGCCUGUUCCUCAGCUGAGAGGAAGACUCUCUAAAAAUGCCUCAUAUGUUAUUUUGCACAGAGAGGACAGGCAGAAGUGAUUUUGGAUGCUGAUACACAGUGUGUGGCACAUAGACAUUUGAUUAAUAAACGCUUGCUGAUUGAUACUGUAGAGGCUUAGUACACACCAAAAGAUAUAGGAAGUAGGUGUGGACUGGUUAAAUUAGUAAUAGUCUAGGCUCAUAGCCUUUAAAAAUUUAGUCUGUUUCCCAAAGGGGGCUUAGUUGAAAGCAAAAAAAGAAUUUGGAUAAAACUGGGAAAGGAUAUUAUUGGCUUGUAUUUUCCAAGCAUCACUCACUGUGUCCUUGUGACAAACGGAAGCAUGGUGGGUUGAAGAGAUGAGGUGUAAGCUGGAAGACUUUUAGAAGCUUUUAGCAAAACUAAAGCUGGUCCUUAUUGGACUGUUAAAGGCCAGGAGCUAUUUCCAAGUUGAGCAUAGUUUGUUAUUUUCAUUUUCUGAGGCAUAUAGACUGUUCAGCAUACCAAAGGCACUUGGAAGAGGAUUGUAGUUUGGUGGAAUUUAAGUCAUCCAAAGGGUUAAGUGAUUAUAGGACUCACUAUCUCCAUGACAACAGAAUGGGAAAUGAGAACCAAUUUCUUCAAUCUUCUGGGAGAUUUGUUUCUUGCACUAAUAAUUAUGUGCUUAUGUAAUCCCGAGUCACUGAUUCUAUGCAUUUUUGUCUCCCUCUACUCUAUUUAACAGGAAUAAAUUCCUUAAGUCUUAAGAAUGCUUUUCUUCUCCGGGGUUCUGACCAUCACCUCAUUAGAUAUCUGUUUCUUUUGCAAGAAAUUUCUUGUAGAUGAUGAGGCAAAGAAAAACUCAGUGAUUCCUUCAUAAUCUCAGUGUUGGGAUGAACCGACAUCAUUCAAGAAGGAAGUCUACUCCUGAUAAAAUUCUUAUAAAGUAGCCAUCCUCUGCUCUGGGACCUGAAGCAAAGACUAAUCCACCUCCUGAGGUAGUAAGUUCCACUUUGGGACUGCUCUAAUUGUUAACGAAGUUUUUCUUCGUGUAAAGCCAAAAUUUGCCUUUCUGCAACUUCUGCUGCUCACUCCUAAUUUUGAUUUCUGAGAUUAAGGAGAACAAUUAAUUUAUUUUUUGCAAUAACCAUAAAAUGUUUGAAUCUGACUUUUAUACUCUGCUAAGUCCUCUCUUUUUCCAGGAUAAAUAGUCUCUAUUCCUUCAAUCCAUCUUCAAUCUAUACCAUACCUUUGUAUGGUAUGAUCUCUGUUCUCAGCAUUCUAAUCAUCUUCCACGAAUCAUACUCCUACUUGUCAGUGUCUUUCUAAAAUAGGGAAUUGCACACAAUAUUCCAGAUGUAGUCUGAAAUGAAUACAGCAAGACUGAUUUUUCUUAUUCUGGCCAUGAUGCUUUUCCCAGUGUAGCCUAGGAUGGCAUUAAGUUUUGACUGCCAUAUCACACCUCUAAUUCAAUUUAUAGCCAUCUCAAAUCCCAAGAUCUUUUCUACAUGAACUAUUUUCAUAGUUUUUGCUUCCCUUAUGCAGUUGAUGUUUUAAACCUGUGUUAAAGUUUACAUUUAUUUCAAUUUUCAGUAGACUAAGUAUUUCUUAAAUGUAAAUUGGAACCCAUCCAUACUUCAUUCUAUGUAAUUCUUGGCUAUAUCCUUACCUAAAGUCUCCAUACAGCAUAUAUCCAAAAUGUUGAAAGCUUAAUUCCUCUAGGUUUCUUCAUAUUUUAUGUAUUCUUUCCUGUAACCACAUUAUAGGUGUAUAUUUUCUCCCCACCAAAAUUUGUAUCAUCAAGGAUGAUACUCUGUCAUCUUUAAUGAUGCAAUCAUAAUUGAAUGGUCACAACUGGAAGCAUAAUGCAACUUUUUCAUGCCUACUACUUGUCUCAUUUUUUUCCUUUGACUUAUUUAUGUCUUUGAUUGAUAAAGACCGUGGUCUUCCAAUUGUAACAAUAUUGCAUUGCUGGGAGACUUGAAAAGAUGGAUCUUUGCCCUGGGGAAUAGCAUAGAAUCAUUGAAAGCAUUGCAAAAAAUUUCAACUUCAAUAUGUCUUCUGAUUAAUUCUGGCCCCUUUACUGCACAUAUGCAUUGUGUGUUCCAAAUAAAUGUACUGAUGGACUUGCCAUUAUUCAGCUUUGUCUCUGUUGAACCAGUAGGCAUUUUUAUUUGUUUGAUUUUUCCUAUGUGGAUUGUUAGGCUGAUCACGAAUCUUAUUGAGGAGAUUCAAGCAGAACAUUUUAUAUCCUCUUCAAAUAAGAGCUUCCAUAGACUGACAUUUCUAGGGAAUCCCCCUUCUAUUUACUUAUGUUCAUGACAUUUUUUUUUUUAUAACUCUGGCAAAUGCCUUUGGCAAGCAUUUUAUAUUUUACAUGAUAAUAAGGUCCUUGAUAGAGCUGAUUUCUCCCUAAAUGAAAGACUUCCAAAGGUAAACCUUUAAGGAAGCAUUGGCCCUAUCAACUCAAAUUCUUUUUUUUUUUUUUUUAAUUAACCAAUAGUAGAACCUGAAGAUUUCUGUAUCCUUUCAGUUUUGUGACCUCAGGGAUGGAACCUGCUAGUUUGACUUUUAAAUUUAGCCCAUUGUUCUAUUUGCAGCUUAUCCACAAAAAUAGUGUGAGAGGCUGUUAAAUAUUUUGCUAAAAAUACUGGUAUGUUGUGUUAUUGUUCCCUGAAAGAUAAUUCUAGGAAUCCUGUCAAAAAAGAUCUUUGCAAGACUCCAUGCAAUAUUUUUACCAGCCCUUUGUUUGGUGCACUGGGUCUCUCCAAGAUUCCAUAAUUCCUUUAUUAAAAAAAAAAAAAUGUAGAGAAAGCCAGAUCCUGAUCUCAGAUAAUAUCUUAAUCAGUUCUUCACUCUUGAAAUCUCUUCUCUUUUGGACUUCCAUAUAAUGGUAACACAGCUUGGAGAAUCACUAAGAGCUUUAAUUUCAUCGCUAUGAUUCACAACUCCUGUCAAUCAAUGUUUCUUCAGUUCUCUCUGGUGAAAGAAUUAGUCCACAGGAGUGACUAAUCUUCACUGGGCCUGACAGGUUUGGAGAAGAUCUUCAUGGCAUCCUGAAUAUAUAACCCUGGGGAAGCAAUGGACUUCUCUGUUAACAUUGUUGGUACUCCCUAGCAGUCCUUAGCAACAACAUUAGCAGCCAUUGUAAGUAUUCCUAUAACCACUUCUGUAUGACCUUUUACCUGCUGGCAGCUCUAGAGCUACAUCUUCAUUUUGGGGAGCAGAAAGAAUUGUUUCCUCUUCAGAGGGUCUAAGCUUACCUUCGAUCUUAAAAGCUUCAUCCCUGUUACCUAGUUACUUAAUGCCAAGUGUUCAGUAGUCCCCUUUCUCUUCCCUUUCUAGCACAUUUCAAUUUCUUUACAUGUAAGUCUUCCUCUUUGUUCCUUCUAACUUUGCUUUCUCUUUAAAAAGAUAUAUUGCACUCUUUCAAGGAAGAUUUAAUUUCCUCUUGUAACAAGAAUACAGAGGCAUUCCAUCAGCUCUUUUAUCUUGUGCAAUAGGGAGACCAGCCUGAACUUUGUAUGUACAAAGCUGGUACUGUUACUGAUUGAAAUAAAACCUGUUCUCUACAGGAUACCACAUAAUUUCCUUUACCUUCUAUAGUUGUGGGAAGUAAAGCCCUUAGUGAAGACUGUCAUUUUGGCUAAACUUUCAUUUUGCUGUGUUGAGAUUCCCACCUUUUUCUCCUGAAGAAACAAGGCUUGUUUGCCUGGUGUUGGUAGGAACUUUCUAACAAAGCUCUAGAACAAACAAAAGUAGUCAUAGUUGAUCUUUGCAGAAUGUGGUUACUCAGAUUUCUGAUACUACCUUGCUAGCUUUUUGUUAUUGCUCCUCUUCAAGAUCACCCAGGUAACAAGUCAGAAUUUGGCCACAUAUUCACUUGUCUUCCAUCCUACUCUUAAACAAAUACCAGCUGUAGAAUUUCAUCAGGCAGGCAGUGAUCACUGGAUAGACUGCUAAGAAGAAUUCUCAUCCUUUAGUCUAAGCUUGAAUUUUAUCUGGGGGAUUUAGUCUAUUACAUUUACCCUCAUUGUUUAUCACAAGUCCAGGGGACCCUGCUCUUCACAUUAAGAACCAAGGAGUAUGAGUAGGUUAAAAGGAUUGGGGAAAGUAUAGUGUCACUCCCGUGAAGAGGAAAAAAUGAUAUUCAAUGUAGAGCUAAUUUAGUCCUCUGAAAAUACAGCACAAACAGUGCCUUGGGAUCUUUGGAACAAGUAAUCAUUCUCUUUCCAGCUCCUAAAAUUGAAUCACAUUCUUCCUCAUUCAAUCCUAUGACUGAUUCUGCUGAUAUAUUCAUUAAGAGCCUUGUCAGAGUUGAGGCCUUAAGACUUCAUCUGAAUGAAUUUCCAGAUCUUGAAGGUUUUUUCCUGUGAGAUGGUAAUUUCUAAAUUGAACCUUCCUGAUGCACUAUCUAAACAAAUUUCUAAUUCCUUUGAAUUUGUUUUCUUCUCCAGUCCUACCACAGUGCUAAGAACAUAGGUGCUCAACAAAUGAAUUAUUGCUCAGGUGAUCAUGAAAACACUGAAAGAAUAUCCAUUUCAGCUCUCUAGAGAGCUCUAGGAUUUCCGAUUUGCUAGAAUGGUUUCAUACACCUUUUGGGGACCAUAUAAAAGAUAGAAUUAUGCCAUUUUAGGUUUAUCUGUGCCUGUCCAUAUAUCUUUAUUUAAAAGUGUGACCAGUAAUAUGUAGCAAUAAGUUAUAAAAGUAUUUCUGUGGAAAGGCAGACAGGCCAUGGAAAAAUGGUUGAAUUGGUAUGCUAAAAUUGAAGCUGCCUAAGCAUCAGUGUCCCAAAUAGAGGGGUAGUGAAGUUUCACAAUCCCAAGGCAAUGGAGGGGAAGGGCCAAGCCACACCACAACCCACUGUGCAACCUCCAGACAAGUGAGCAAAGGCCCUCAUUGACUGAACCUAAGUGAAGCAACAUAUGUUGGACUCCUGCAGUCUUCAAGAAUGUGUCAGGCUGAGCAUGUUCUUCCAAAUAUACUUCCCCAUCUGCUGUGCUGCAAUGAGUAUUGUGGGAGGAAGAUGGAAGCCAUAAGCUUCCAAGUGUUGUAAUAGCCAGCUCCUCUCCCCUUUCUCCUCAUUAUUUCCUUAGAGAGAUAUAGCCAUGGUCCAGCCACUUACCCUUAUGGGCCAUUCAGCAGAAAACUGGGUAGAGCAAAUCCUAUAUUCCUUUGAAGUCCUGCUUCUUCCUAGAACCACCUCAUAGCUAGCCUUUUCCUGAGGCAGACAGGUCUCUCACAUGUAAUUUAUACACGGAGUCCUUGCCAGUUUACAGUUGUCUUUCUGUGUUAUUUACCUGUAUUUAUCAGUGUAUACAACAUAUCUACAUUAGAAUCUUAGAUUGUAAGCUCUUAAAGGGCAAGGAACAGGACUGUGUGAGUGAAUUGCUUUUUUUCCCCCCUUUGGACACCCAAGAUAGUAAUCAUUGGGUGCUUAAAAAUAAAUGCGGUUGACCAUAGAGGUGAAAUUUACCUUAAAAA